AUGGCACCAUGCAUAGAGGUGAAUUUAACUGACGUGGAUUUAUAUUAUGUAAAUAAAAUUCAAUCUGAAAAUAAAAAUUGGGCAUGGUGGUUAAAUAAUCUUGGAACACUAGUUGUAUUCAUAAUUGGUUUUUUUGGUAACAUAUUAUGUUUACUGGUCCUGUGUCGUCGGCGUCUGAGACGAAAUUCUUACACUCAAUAUUUAAUUGUCUUAGCUAUUGUUGAUACUGGAGCCAUUUUUGCGGAAGUUAUUUCUGCACUUGAUGAAUUGCAUCAAUUUGAGUACAAAUUAACACUCAUUGCACAUACUAACGCAUCAUGCAAAUUAUAUAAUUAUAUAAGAUAUAUAUUUUAUUCUAUGAGCUCUUGGAUUGUCGUAGCUUUAGCUAUUGAACGUGUAAUUGCAAUAAAAUUUCCCUUAUGGUCCAAAACUAUUUGCACUGUUGUUAAUGCUCGUCGUAUUAUAUUGAUAAUCCUUCUGUUUACAAUGUUUAUUCAAUCUUAUCAUUUGAUAAUAAAAGGUCUUGAUUGUUCCCCAUCCGUAUCAUCAACUAGAGUUUGCCGCUGUAAAACAAUACGCCAUCAUACAUAUCUAAAAUUGGAUAUCAUUUUUACAGUCUAUGUUUGGCGACUUUUUCUAAUGACAUUAUUACCUUCAGCAAUGAUUAUAACUGCCAAUAUACUUAUAAUGAAUAAAUUGUUUCAUGAAGGUUCAUUACUCGAUCAUACAAAUGUAAUUGAUAAUGCCCAACAUAAAAUGAAAGUGUUGUAUAAAAUAUCGCGAAUGUUAGUGAUAGUAACAUCAAUUUAUCUUCUGUUACAUGUACCUGGCUCGAGUUUAGAUAUAAUUAAAUAUAUGUAUAUAUCUGUUUUCAAAAUGUGUAAUGUUAAAUGGAAAUAUUAUAUUUAUAUGAGCCAUGAAAUAUUUGAUUUGCUAACAAAUUUCAAUUAUGGCAUUAAUUUUUAUUUGUAUAUCAUUAGUGGUAAGCAUAUUCGAAAUGAACUAGUACGUGCCGUUAAACAUUCACCGUUACGUUCAAAAUCCAGUGUAGAAAACUAUAAUUAUCGACGUUCAAGUUGUUUCAUGUCAUCUUCCGUGCUUUCCUCAAGAAAUCAUCAAGCGAGAUAUUCAAAUGUACCACUAUCGGAGUGGCGAAAUGGCUCGUGCCAACAACGACUUCCUUUGUGUGACGAACAUCAAUAA